AUGGAGCGCAAUGGAGCCACCAUAUUGCUGAAUCAGUGCAUUCUGGAAGGCAUGAUCCGAGAGGCAGUUUUGACGACAGCCGCAAAGAAUCCAUCAAGUUUCGAGAUAGACUGUGCGGACACUGCUCUUCCAGUAGUGAAAGUUAGAGAUACACGUGAGGAGGUUGAGAUACAACUACUCAAGAUAGGAGAUGGAUCAUUCCAUCACCUGCAAGACAAUGUAGGAAGUGUGGUCAUCUACUUGAGAGAGACAAAGGUGUUUCGUCCCGAGAGCACGCCAGGAAUCAUCAGUAAGCUUGAGGCCGUGCUCCCUGCCUUAGACACAGAAGAGGUCCCCAAACAAGUAAUUAUACCUAUCUUGUCACAAGAUAUCCACACGUGCGUCAUGAAUGUUGAAGGGGUAAAAGAGCCCUUUUAUAAAAGGCAUCAGUACCUCUUCACUGGUGUCUCAAUUAAAUUUGAAGGCUUUCAGAGUGAUAUUAAGGAAAGACUGAAAGACAUUGUGACUAAAUGUAAUGGUCACGUUGGAGAUGAUGGGAGGAUUAUAUUAGUGACCAAAGAUUUCUUUCUCAAGAGUGAAAAUAAUAAAAGGGAAGAUUUGUACGAUAUUAGGUUUAUAUCGACGGCCAUUGACGACAAAAAAAUACCUGAAAUCGAAAAAUUCAGGUUUACCCCAAUAAUAUCAACUGAUCCCUGCUGCUGGGUGGCCGAAAAUGUGCUCAAGUGUGAUUCAUGUGUCAAUUACUACCACACUCAUGUGCGAUGCAUCCAGUGCACAAAAGAUGCCAGUUCACCCACAGAAAUGAUUCUGGAAAAUGACAAGGAAAAUGAUUUGUCGCCUAAAAAGACUAAACGUAAAAAACCAAAGAAUCAAGAAUCUAGUUCGAUUGAACAGCUCGAUAAAAUAAUUCGGAAACGCCUGUAUGUCGAUGAUUCAGAUAGUGACAUUGAAGUAGUAGAGGUUAAAAAAAAGAAAAAAAAAACCAAAAGGCCCUCAAACGAAGAUACAGAAGAAAAUAGCUUCGUUUACCAAAAAUCUGCUCAGAAAACAGUUAAGAAAAUAUUUAAUUCUUUUCAAGGCCUUAAAUGGUGGGAAAAAUUGCCACCUCCCGAAAAUAUUAUAAUGACUGAAGAGACAGGAGUACCGCGAUCUGGCGGUGGUUUUUUCAAAGGUCCUCGAUAUUCUGACCAAGAAAUGCGUUUGAUGAUUACUUUCUUGGUACAAAAUAAUCUGAUUCACCGUGGAUAUAGUCGAACGACAUGGAAAAUGUUUAAUAAUGCUGGGUACCUGAAGCACAGGACUAUUGAGUCACUAAGGAACAACUUCAUGCGAAGCAUUUUACCGAAAAUUAGUUGUUUUGGAUUGCCAAGAGAGUUUGAAGUAGAAUUUGAUAAAGUAAUCGGUUUGCAUUGAU